UCUUACAUUCCUGUCCUGUCUAACCUAUGCCAUUUGAUAAGAAAUUUAUUGGAACAACACGAAGUUAAAGUAAUAAAUAAUAAAUAGUUUGCACCGUUUACAAAUAUGAAGAAUGGAUGAGUUCGGAAAGCACUCGGCCUCAUAUCAGCUCGAUCAAGAAAUAUUAGACGCCCGUGGCAUCAAUAUGAAAGUAGAAGAGGUAGCGGGACUCUCGACCUGUAAAUACUCCGCCAGAGUGCAAGCUCUGCAUCUCAGUGAUGAUGACCUCGCAUUCCUCAAAGGUCUGCGGAGAAGGAUCAAGAAUAGAUUAGCGUCACAGAACAGUCGUCGACGCAGUAUAGAACACUUACGUAGAUUGGCCAGAGAGCUACGAGCUGUCCGAGCUUGCAGAGAGGAUGUGAUAUCUGAACGAAGGAAUUUACUUGCUCAGAGAGAUGUUGUGCGAACACAUUGUUUGAGGUUAAGAAGACAUUUAGUACAGGUGUUAAAAGAAAGAUCAGACACAACUUUAGUGCCCGAAGAAGAUUUAGAUAGAACAGAAGUAAGAAAAGAAGAAUCUCAAACUAUCAAACCGUCCAAUACAAGAAUCAAUGAGACCAAAUGUAACUUUAAUAGAAUAAAAUUCCAAGAUGUACAGAAGAAUAUAAAAGAAGAGAAGAUUUACACAGAAGAUAUAUUGGAAGAAGAAUUUAAUGAUAUAAAAAUAUUCGAAUGUCGUAUCGAUAAAUUGGUUCAGCAAAGCGUGAAUCAUAUAUUUAAAGAAGAGAAGAAGAAGAUUUGUGCCAAGACUAUAUUUAUAACGGAGAAUAUACUGGAAGAGAAGAAUGAUGGUGUUUUGAAUUUAUCUGUUAAAGAAGGAAGAAGAAAGAGUCAUGGUAGAAAACAAUCUGCUCCAAGAAGAAUUGCUUAUGUAUAUGAUGGAAAUGAUGGCGUCCUCGAUUUAAAAAUAAAAAAAGAGCCGCAGUGAUCAAUUUAAAGACAGAUUAGUAUAUAAGAUAUUAUUUACACGUAUGUACAGACCAAAAAAUAUUAUAUAUUUGUAUAUUUUAUCUGGUUAAUGAUUUUCGUUUUACCAAGAGCUUAUGUAAACACAAACUACGAGAUUGUCGAAAACUCGACACUAAAUAAUUUAAAAUGAAAUAUUUUAUUUUAAUAACCAUAUAAAUGUAAAUAUUUUUUAUUCACAAUUUUCACAAAAUAACUUUCUCUUUCUCUCAUAUUUUAACCUCCAAUUAUAGAAAGACACAAACAAGACGUUUUCUCUAUUUAUUUAAUUUCGAUUUUGUAUUCAAUAGUCAAAAAACUCACACUUCAUAAGCUCGGACUAAAAAAAAAGAAAAAACUUUUAAUCUAUGGUAACUGUCGAUUGUCAAAUUUGACAUUUGGCGGCAAUAUUUUUAUUUAGCUAAGAAAACGUAUGAUAGUAUGAUUUUAGGCGAAUUCGAUAGAAGUAAGAAAUUAUAUAUACACUAGCUGUUACCCGUGACUUCUUCCACGCAAUAUUAAUCAAAAUUAGCCUAUGACAUGCGGGUCUAUG